UGUGGUGGUGGAGGCCAUUUCUAACCAUAUCAUCAAUUUUCAAUUCCUCUUUUGAGUCUGAAACCUAACCAAACAUAACAUCCAUCAAAGACGUGUUGAGCUGUUGCCACUUCCCCCUCUCUCUCUCCUCCCUUCUCUCUCUCUCUCCUCCAAUUUUCAAAAUUCAAAAUCCACUCUACAGUACUGCUGCUGCCUUCCUGCUGCAAGCUGUAAAUGAAUGUAUGUAUCUAUCUAUAUACAAGACAGUCACCUCUUCAUCUUCUUCCCUGUUAUAACUUCCUCCUAUCUCUCUCCUCCCAGAUCACUCUCUCUCUCCCAAAAUGACCUUCUUGUAGCAUCUCCGAAUUCUCUUCCCCACCCCCCCUCCCCUCUCAAGAAAAGGAAAUUGAAGUUCUAAUUUUAACCAAGAUUCUUGAAAUCUACAGUUUCUGAAUUUCGGCAAUGGCUCCGUCUUGGCAGUGGUGGGCGGCCGCGGCGGAGAGCCGCCGUGGCACGCCGGUGGUGGUGAAAAUGGAGAACCCUAAUAAUUGGUCCAUGGUGGAGCUCGAAUCCCCCGAUUUCAUCUACCAAAACGACGCCGUUCCGCCUAAAGGGGGACGCAAUAAGAACGCGAAGCAGCUCACUUGGGUCAUACUUCUGAAAGCGCAUAAGGCCGCCGGCUGCCUCGCCUCUCUCGCCGCCGCAUUCUUCUCCGUCGCGGCGGUCGUCCGCCGCCGAGUCGCCACCGGCCGGACCGACGGGGAUCCGGUCUUAAAGUCGAGAUUCUACGCCUGUAUUAAGGCGUUCCUGUUUCUGUCUCUGCUCCUCCUCUGCUUCGAAAUGGUGGCGUAUUUUAGAGGAUGGGAUUUUCGAGCUCCCGAUCUGCGGAUUGAUCGUCUCUAUCAUCUGACGGACGCUUCUGCAGUUAGGGAUUUGUUCAAUUUGAUUUAUUCGGGAUGGAUUGCGUUCCGAGUCGAUUAUAUCGCUCCGCCAUUGCAGCUGCUUACCAAUGCUUGCAUCGUGCUGUUCCUCGUCCAGAGCUUCGAUCGAUUGGUGCUCUGCUUGGGUUGCUUAUGGAUCAAGCUUAGGAACAUCAAACCAAUCCCUAAUCUAGGCCCUGUUGAUCUCGAAUCUGGCGAUGGAGAUGGUUAUUUCCCUAUGGUUUUAGUUCAGAUCCCAAUGUGCAAUGAAAAAGAGGUUUAUCAACAAUCAAUUGCAGCAGUGUGCAAUUUGGACUGGCCUAAAGGGAGGUUGCUCAUUCAAAUUUUGGAUGAUUCCGACGACCCGACGGCACAGGAGCUUAUCAGAGAAGAAGUACACAAAUGGCAGCAGAACGGCGCCAACAUUAUCUUCCGGCAUCGAAUGAUUCGGGAAGGGUAUAAAGCAGGGAACCUUAAGUCUGCGAUGAACUGUAGCUACGUUAAAGAUUACGAAUUUGUCGCCAUUUUCGACGCCGAUUUCCAGCCUAACCCCGACUUUCUUAAACUAACCGUCCCUCACUUUAAGGAUAACAACGAUCUAGGAUUGGUUCAGGCGCGAUGGUCGUUUGUGAACAAAGACGAGAAUCUGCUGACUAGGCUACAGCUCAUCAAUUUAGCGUUUCAUUUCGAGGUCGAGCAGCAGGUCAACGGCGUUUUCCUCAACUUCUUCGGGUUUAACGGGACGGCCGGUGUUUGGAGAAUUAAGGCGCUAGAAGAUUCCGGCGGAUGGCUUGAGAGAACAACCGUCGAAGACAUGGACAUCGCCGUUCGCGCGCAUCUUCACGGCUGGAAAUUCAUUUUCCUCAACGACGUCGAGUGUCAAUGCGAGCUGCCGGAAUCCUUCGAAGCCUACCGGAAGCAACAGCACCGAUGGCAUUCGGGACCGAUGCAGCUGUUCCGUCUCUGCUUGCCGGCGAUCGUUAAGUCGAAGAUCGGCGUUUGGAAGAAAGCGAAUCUAAUCUUCCUCUUCUUCCUGUUACGGAAGCUCGUCCUCCCGUUCUACUCCUUCACUCUCUUCUGCAUCAUUCUCCCGACGACGAUGUUCGUCCCGGAAGCCACUCUCCCGUCGUGGGUCGUCUGCUAUGUCCCGGCGACGAUUACGUUCCUCAACAUACUCCCGUCGCCGAAGUCGUUCCCGUUCAUCGUUCCGUACCUUCUAUUCGAGAACACGAUGUCGGUCACAAAGUUCAACGCGAUGAUUUCGGGUCUUUUCCAGCUUGGAAGCGCUUACGAGUGGGUCGUCACGAAAAAAUCCGGCCGAUCCUCCGAGGGCGACCUGACGGCUUUAGUCGAGAAGCCCCCAACGCACCACCGCGGCAGCUCGGAGCCUAAUUUGGAUGAAAUGCGCGAGGAAAUUAAACAGAUGGCGGACAAGGCUGCUCAGAAGAAAAAACACAAUCGGAUAUACACGAAGGAGCUCGCGCUCGCAUUCCUUCUGCUGACUGCCGCGGCUAGAAGUUUGCUUUCGGCUCAGGGUAUCCAUUUUUACUUCCUGCUCUUUCAAGGUGUAUCGUUUUUGCUCGUUGGCCUCGACUUGAUCGGCGAACAGGUCGAGUAACGUUAACCGUCAAUUGUUAAUCGCCAAUCGAUCGACUUUUCCUCGACGGCGCCACACGGAGGCUCGAAUGCCGCGAUGACGGCGGCGCAGCCGAGCCUAAAACAGAGAUAGAGUGAGAAAUGGGAGCUUAAUAUGAUGCCCAAUUUUUUUUCUCUAUAAGUAUUUUUGGUGUUUUUUUUUUUUUUUUUUUUUUUUUAUGAUGUUAUUCUUUUAUUUUUAGUUAGAUAUAUAUAUAUAUUUACACAUUAUAUAUUCUUUUAUUUUUAGGUACAGUUUUUUUUUUGGGUUUGUACAUCACAAAUUUGUGGAUGGAUGAUAA